CCAGGCCGUGGUUACGAAAUUAAUAGUAGCUGAUCCACAAUGGCCACCCUCCUAGUGAACACACUCAAGCGGCUGUCCCUAACGGCCCGUUCCGACGCUGCAGGACUCAUUGUCGCCAACCUGCACACGAGCGGUUCACUGGCCAAAAACUGGAACGGACACAACACCGGCCCGCAACGAUGGUUGCAGUACAACAAGGUGAUCUACCCACCACAAACCGCCGGUGAAGAACCACGUCCGGCGUUUAUUUGCCACCAAAAAACGAACAUCAAGUACAGCCCCAAAAAGAUGUGGUACGUCGCAUCCUUCGUACGCGGCAUGUCGGUAGACGAGGCCGUAAAGCAGCUAUCGUUCAUCGACAAAAAAGGCGCCAGCUUCGUGAAGGAGGCCAUUCUCGAGGCGGUCGAUAUGGCUGUCAAGCGCCACAACGUCGAGUUCCGGAGCAAUCUAUGGGUGGCGGAGUCGCUGUGUGGCAAAGGUCGCGUGUUUAAGGGCAUACGACGGCACGCCCGCGGACGCGCCGGUGAAGUCGAGUACAAGCAUUGCCACUACUUCGUGCGUCUAGAGGAGGGCAGUCCUCCGGCAAACUACUAUCAACCAGCACCGAAAACUGGCGAGCAGCAGCUGGAUGAGUGGCUGAUGGCGAUGCGCAAACGAAAGGUGACCAGCUCGCUGUGAAGGGUUGGAACUAACACGGCUGAAUAAAGUUCUGCUACAGAUUUAUUUCAUUAGUGUAGAUAAUUCACAAUACGACUUACAUAGUAUGACUGUAUAACUAAACUAAAAUAAAAUUCUAAAAAAAAAUACCAACCAAUGUUUAAGUUACGGACAUUCGCUUGGCGGAUGUUAUACGAUACAAUAACCCGAAAUUGGGGGUUUCUUAUUCCUACUAACGCGGC